AUACUGUUGAUGAAAUAAUCAAUUUACACUCUACCCCCUCUCAACGAAGUAGUAGAAUCCGAAUUCAAUAUGGCGGCCGCGGGUUUGAAAAUCUGAACGGGUAGAUAAGAUAACACAUUAACAAGUCGGUACCUCACAAUGUCAUUAUCUUUUUCCUAUUAACUACAGACUAUGGUCAAAACAGAAGACAUAUCCACCAUGGCGGACGGCUGGAGAGAAGUGUUUGAAAGAAACCGGGUGGUUCCUCCGCCCAGCCAGACAGUCCGCCUGGCUGCGGAAAGCCACUUCACCCAGCCCCACGGCUUCCAGCUCAGCCUCCACCGGCUCACUGCAGCUCACCUCCCGCAGGAAAUGUCAGAGGGAGAACAAGCUGUGGCCUACCAGCUGCGAGUGACCCUGUUUGAUAGAAACCACCAGCAUUUCUUUGGGAAAACAUGGAAGAGCCCACCCCAGAGGAUGAAAAACAACAAGAUCUCCUUUAAUGAGGUCCUGUACCUCCAUACGUCUCUGCGGUUGCCCAGCGCGAUACUGGUUCUGGAGCUGGUGUCGUUGUCGCCCAGGCCAGACGGCUCCCAGCAGGCCCUGGGGCGAGGCUUCACUGUCCUGGAGCUUUUUAUCAACAGGCCAGAGGCUCAGGCUGCAGAUGGGGACAGAAGGGUGAAUCUACACCAUGGAUCACCAAGAAGCCUCCUCCAUCCCCUCCUGAAGGACACUGUCGACUACAGCAGUCUCCUGAAGACUAUUGAUGGAGCACAUUUGGACUGUGCGAUAAAAAACCACCCUGCACUGAUUUCCGUGAUGCAUCUCCUUCCAGAGAACGUCUUUAUAUCUGGAAAUGAGAAGAUUCCCGGGCUUUCAGCUUCUCCAACAGGAGAUGCUCUGCUGAGGCCUCAGCUGCUCAAGAUGCUGCCCUUCACCCUGAACAGACUGACCAUCUCCCUCCAGCCGUCCCUGGAGAAGUUUGAGAGCCAGCUGCUGCAGCUGAUCAAUGCUGACUGCCAUAACACAAAACAACCAGGACCUGAGGGCCCGCAGAGAACAGUUGUCAUCCAGGAAAGGAGGCUCCAUGUCGGGGUCCACAAUGGCUGGUGCUUCAUCGACAAGCCCCAAGUGGUGGUGCUGGAGCCCCUGGCAUCAGGGGCCAGAGGCCGAUCGGACAGCGUCAACAAACAGAGCACUCUGGUCAAGGAAAGCUCUGCAACCUCCUCCCUCCCUCAGAUGCUGGGCCUUCGCAGCAGUUUGGAGCUCAGGCUGGCCAACCAUCAAGCUUUGGCAAUCGUCUUCCAGCUGGAGUUCGUCUUCUCUGCUCCAAUUGGCCGAGAGACGAUGCUGUCUGCCACCUCAACAUCCCGGGCGGCCUUCUUGCAGUGCCUUCGUUGGGGGAUUUGGUGCCCCUUCCAGGAGCCGGCUGACUGGAAAGGGGAAGAGAUACAGCUUGUUCUGCAAGGAGGUGCAAAGCCAAACCCUCACGGAGUCAUGGUCUACAGCACAGAGAUGUCUGCCAAAACCCAGAGCCCUGCGCCACUCUCAGCUCCAGGCACAGCUCAGGCGAGGGAUACCAUAGCAUUUCGGCUGUCGUCUAGUCUGGAAAGGAAGGCGUCUAGCCCAAAAGCAUCUCUGAGGAGGCAGGAGGACGUGUCACAUCUAAAAAGAUCACCUUCAUCACCCUCACACGGUCGAAAAUAUAAUCCAGCAGCUUCUCCUCCAGAAUCUCCUCAAGGCCCCGGGCUCUCACUGUCUCAGCUGGCAGCUACUUCACGCUACCCAACCAUCAGCCACUCCAGCUCGGCGUUGCCGUGGCAACAGUCGUUUCCUUCUCUGCUCCAUCCUUCCCCGUUGGCAUCGGCCCACCAGCUGUCACAUGUCGCCUGCUCAGGUGUCAGCAACAUCGCCCACCUGGAGAUGGACCUUCAGCGGGAAGGGGAUGUUUCACUUUCAGCUCAGGAUGAAGGAGAUCAACUUCAGGAGCUGCCCUUCACCCCUGUCCAUGCCCCUGUCAUCACUUUGGGGACGAAUGUGCCCAGUUCCUGCUCCGUCAGCUCCAGAAGCUCUCUGGCCCACCUCUACUCUGCUGGCUUCCCUGACAUCGUGGACUGUAGUGGGCAGGUGGCGGAAGUCCUGGACCCCACAGAGCCCGUGCCCUUUGACCCCCAGCGGGAAGAGACUGACCAUCUACAGGGCAACCUGCUGGUGUUCCAGUUUCUGGCAUUUACAAGAAUCCCGACGGCGGGUGUUGGCCCUGAUUGGCCUCACAACAUCUACUUGACCUUCCAGUUCUAUCGCUUUCCUCCAGUCACAUCGCAGCAGCUCAAACUCCUGAGUGGUGACAAAGUUCAACAGAAAGCUGGUGCUCCACUUCCCUGUGUCCUGGCCUGCAUCAACAAAGAUGGCACUUUCAACUCUGGCUCUCAAGGCUCUCCAGGUCUGCAGGUGCAGUUCAGAGUAGAUGAGGGUUUCUUAAAGCCAGGAGAGAAUCGCUGGUUCCUGCGCUACCUGGCUCUCCACACCAUGCACAUCGACAUCUGGGACAGCGACUCAUUGCUCCUCAUAGGUUCUACUGCCAUCGAGCUCAAGUAUAUGUUGCGACAGGGUAAAUCAGCAGUCCAGGCCCUUCACGAGGUGGAGGUGCUGACCACAGAUUACGUGGGACAGGACACCCUACUGAUGAGCACAGAUUUGGGCCGACAAUCAGCCCUCAGCCCCAUGACGGUUCACACCAUUAUCAGGGGACGGCUGCAUGUACGCACAGGCAGCAUAGGGUGCCCAGUUGAACUGAGCAGAAGGAGGGCAGCAGAUGUGACGCAGUCUCAUUCUCACAUCAUCACGCCUCGCAAAGUCACCGGCAGCUUCAGAGGAGGGAGCCUGUCUUCCAGAAACAUCCUCCAGCUAAAUGCGAGGAACGCCGCACAAGCACACAGACUGGAGAUGGAUGGGGAUCGCACGCCGUUGUUUAGACACGGGAUCAGAGCUGGCACCGGAGAGCACAACCUAAACGAGCCAGACGGCGGACGCCGCAAGCUCAGCUGCAUGGCUGCCGUGCAUCAGCGGGAGGGCAAGGAAGAUGCUAAAGAGGCUAAGGUCACGGAUCGGACUAAGGAAGCCCGCUUGGCCAGGGAACUUAAUCAGAUUAAAACCAACGAAAAGCACAGCAAGGCAGAGGGCAUCGCCAACAUGCUGAGUCAGGCCAUCACCACCCAGCACCUGCUCUACGCCAGCCUGGGCUCCGCUGAGUACAUGGAGUUCGUCCUUAAAAAUCCCUUUAAUGUUCCUCAGACUGUCACCGUUCUGAGUGACGACCCUGAGCUCAGUGUCAUCACUAACACAGAGGAGUGGGGUUACUUCAAAGCACUCACUAAAACUUCAACCCCGCUGGAGGAGAAUAUGUUCCAUUUGGAGGAAGGUGCCCCAGGUCCCAGAGUUUACCUCCGGCCCAAGGAGAGCAUCUACAUCCCCCUGAGAUACCAGAGCUUCCUCUGCGACCACACCAUGGCCCUUCAGGGACCCAGCUUCCCACCAACAGGCAAAGGUUCUCUGGUGGCCAAGAAGAAUCUCUCCAAUAUUGUCGCUGCCAAAACGAUCAAGGUUACAUUAAAAGCAGAAGACGGCAAGCCGAUGGCCAUCUGCCAGGUGCACGUUGAGCCGACACCUCACGUUGUCGACCAGACAUUCCGGCUUUACCAUCCCGAGCUCUGCUUCCUCAAGAAAGCCAUCCGCCUGCCGCCCUGGCACGACCCUACAGUUGGAGACCUAGAUGUCACGACUCACAUUUCCGUUCGCUGCAGUGACCCGAACAUCAUAUGUCAGACGAGGAUGCUGGUGCCAGGGGAGCCUCAGGAUGUGUACUUGAAAGUGCCUGGAAGUCCCAGUCCACACAUAAAGAUGUUCUUUGUGAUGGUUUUUACUGAUAAGUGGAUGGCGGCGCCCUCCCAGAUCUGGCAGAUUUACGUGCAUUUCCUGGAGCGGGUGGAUGUCAGCUGUGUGACUGGCCAGCGGAGCUGUCAAUCACUGGUGCUCAGGGGGAAGCAGACUGUUCGCAAGGUCAAAUGUUUCUCAUCGCACCCCCAGGAGAUCGAGGUGGACCCUGAGGGAGUGUUCGUUUUGCCACCCGCAGCGGUGCAGGAGCUCCAGCUGAGGUUGCAGCCAUGGCGAGCAGGGAGCCGCUUCUUGUAUGUGAAUGCGGUGGAUGUGGAGAACCGACGGCUCAUCACGGCGUGGCUGCUCUGUCUUAACGUCCAUCGCCCUGUACUGUCCAAGGCAUUUGAAGUGUGUGUCCCAGUUGGUGGCGGGCGUGGCAGCUCCAGGAAAAUCACCUACACCAACCCUUACACCAGCAGCCGCAAAUUUCUGCUCCGCUCCGACCAUCCGGACCUGCUCCAGUUCAAAGAGGAUAAAUUCCAGAUCAGCGGGGGAGAGAGUUACACCAUCGGAUUACGGUUCGCCCCUAGCCAGAGUCCAGGUUCAGUGGAGAUCCUGGUCUACGUGAACAACCUGGAGGAGAAGACGGAGGAGACGUUCUGUGUGAAAGUCGACUACUCAUGAUGUUCAUUCUUUUAAGCAGAGAGAACAAAGAAGUGUUGACUAAUGUGUUUUGAACCGAGUGUGAAAUGAUCUCAAAUGAGCUGUAAGUUUUCUACCUAGUCUUUGUAUACGAUUUAAGACAGAAAUAAACUUUUUUUAUGGCAUGCA